GAAAACUCUCCUUUUUAUUGCAAUAUGUAUAGCUGCGGGUGUUGCACAAGUACCCAAAAAAGCAAUAGAUGUUCUUCAUCAGCUAGGCCUUGUGAAAGAUGUUCAACAGCCCUCAGAGACGGCAGUGCCCUCAACAUCAUCUCUGUUACCUCAGGGUGUUCGUCUAACCGUAUCAGGAGUCAUACUCACUAGUGAUGCACAUAUUGAGUCCCCCAUCACUCAAGUCAUACCAUCAAAUCUAGGGCAUCAGUUCACCAUAUUAGUUGGGUUGUACUCUUACAGAGUAAAUAAUGCUUUCCUUUUCAGCAUUAGGAACAAAAGUAGACUGCAGUUCGGUGUCCAGUUGCUACCGAGGAAAGUAGUGGUGUACACUGGAGGGAAGCAGUCCGUAUAUUUUGAUUAUAGUGUUCAUAAUGAACAAUGGCAUUCAUUUGCCAUUGACAUUAGAGACAAGACUGUCUCGAUAUUUGCUGAGUGCGGAAAGAAGUACUAUAGCAGGGAAAUACUUUCUGAAGUGGAGACAUUUGAUUUGGAUGGUUUAUUUACCCUGGGAAGGAUGAACUCUCACUCUGUCAGCUUUGAAGGAGUUAUAUGUCAGCUAGAUAUUAUUCCCUCUGCAGAAGCCUCUGCAAACUAUUGUAAAUAUGUGAAACAGCAGUGUCGCCAGGCUGAAACGUAUCGAUCUCUGCUAGGAGCUCCACAUGUGUCAGAUGGGCUGGAUGUUUUUUCAAAGAUGACUGAUGAGAAAAACCAGUCAGAAGGCAUAUCAGCUGAUAGAAAGGAAGAAACAUCAAACAUUCCUGUUACCAAUGUUGCUCAGAUUCACUUUCUAUCAGAACACUUUGAGUCAAGAAAUGUCUCUGCAUCAGAGUUUCCAGAGGCCAAACCUCUGUUGCUGGAAGCUUGGCCUGAAACAGAACUCCAGGAAAAUGUCAAUCUGCAUCUUCAUCAGCAGGAGACGAGCGAAAAAAGAAACAUCACUAAAGCCCCCACCGGAUCAUAUCCAAAUACUUUAGAUAAUACCACAGAAGAUGCAGGCAGGCAAAGAGAGCCUUCUCUGAUCUCCCCUGUAAAACAGAGUAAAACUAAAAGCAAGGGAAUGGACAAAGCAAAACAGCAUUUAGAUGCACCAAGCAAAAAGCAGCAAGUCUUCAACACAACCCUGUAUGGUUUGCCUGCUGACCUCUCUCUGGAUAAUCAGCUCGGUCCAGGGCAGGAAGGUGCAUUUGAUGCGGAUGAGACUUAUCACACAGAAAACAGUUACGGCAUUGGUAUUGAUAAUUAUGCUUAUGACUAUGAAGAUCUUGACAAAAUGUUUCAAAUGGAAAGUGUCAGAGGUCCAAAGGGGGAAACUGGACCUCCUGGUGUUCCAGGACCACAUGGUAAUCCAGGUUUGCCAGGAUUGCCAGGUCCAAAGGGUGAUCCAGGCCCCAUAGGCUUUCCAGGCCCACCUGGGAUCAAAGGCCAGAAGGGUCUUAAGGGUUAUCCGGGACUGCGAGGGCCACAGGGUGAGCAGGGCUUAGCUGGACCAGAAGGUAACCCAGGUCCUAAAGGUGUAAGAGGUUUCAUUGGACCUCCAGGUGUGGCAGGACAACCAGGACCUGAAGGAGAAAGG